AAAAAAAUAAAAAAGUGCCUUGAUCAGUGAACUCUAGCUAGUAUUCAUAAGAGUAGGUCCAUCUUUCUCAAUCUCAACUAGAGCCGCCAUAUAUACGUGUUCAUAGUUCCAAAUUAAGAAAAUUUGUCUAGCUUGCUUUCAUUUCCUCUGAGAAAACAAAAAGGAAAUCGGUGGGAGAUGGAUGCUGCCGUUGUAGGGGCUGUAGCACAAAGUAUCAUACCUUAUGUUCUGCAGCUGAUCAAAGAUCAUGUUGCGUUGAUGACUCGAAAUGAAAAAAAAAUCGACAAGCUUUCCAGUAACCUCCGUCUCCUGGAAACAUCAAUGAAGCGAUACACUGACAAGCACUACUAUGGAAGCAUUCAACUGAUGCAACUGGCGAAGGAGAUCAGGGAACUGAUGAACGACGUUGAAGAUGUCCUGGAAACAUACGUCGUCGAGGAGGCACUGCACGGGGAAAAGAAUUGGGUCAAAAGAAAGGCAGACACCGGAUACAGAAGUCGCCUUCACACCAUAGGUGAAAGGAUAUUGAACCUGAAUGAAAGGGUUGACAAGGCGUACAAAGACAACCAGGGUAUUAUCAAUACUUUGUUGCAAAUAGACGAGGACCGAAGACGUAAUCCAAUUCCUGAAGCCAAUCAGCUAGGAAGCUAUCCAAAGGCAGACAGAAUCAUUGGGUUUGAGGAUGCAGCUGAUGACGUAUUGAUACUUCUUGGUGCGAAAUCCGGGGCAGUGGAGCAGAGCGUGCCCAAGGCACAGCAAGAAAUUGAAUCUAAGAAGCUAAAAGUAGUGACUAUUCAUGGCAUGCUUGGCCUAGGAAAGACGACACUUGCAAAUAAGGUCUUCAAGGCCCAAGAAACUGAAUAUGAUUUUUUUACCCGUAUAUUCAUUGAAGUUAAGGAGAAGUACGAGAAGAAAGAAAUGCUCCUCAGUAUCCUAAGGUCGUUGAAGAGUGACAUCAGGGAUCAGAACAUGGACAUCAUAGGCUUAGUCAAAAAGGUCCAUGAGGAAUUGAAGCACAAGUAUUUGGUUGUGCUGGAUAAUGUUUGGAAUAUAGCACAUUGGGAAGAUCUGAAGGAUGCUUUCCCGGACAAAAACAAUGGCAGUAGGGUGUUAAUAACUACUCGAGAUGUGCGUGUUUCCCACUGCAUUCAACCAAAGACUGAAGCCUAUCCAUUGCGAUUUAUGAAAAAAGAAGAGGCUGAAGAAUUACUAAGGAUGAAGGUUUUCAGAAAAAACGAAUGUCCAAAGCACCUGGAAUCUGUUGAACCGUUGAUUCUGAGAAAGUGUAACGGGCUACCACUAGCAAUAGUGCUAACAGGAGGUAUUCUUUUGCAUCAUCCAAAGGAUUUAAAGCAUUGGAAUAAUGUGCUUGAUAAAGUUCCUCUGUUAGAUGAAGAAAAUGUGAUUCAAAUCGAUGAUUAUAUAAGACUGAGUUAUCGUAACUUGCACCACAAACUCAAACCCUGUUUUCUGUACCUUGGUGUCUUCCCUGAGAAUUUGGAGAUCCAAGUGUCAAAAGUGUUGCAAUUGUGGAUCGCUGAAGGGUUCAUUCCCCAACAUCAGACAGCAAGCUUGGAGAGAAUAGCCGAACAAUAUUUGCAGGAGUUGGUUUACAGGAAUUUAUUGAUUGUGGGACAGAGAACUUUAGGUGGUGAGAUUAAGACUUGUCGUAUCCAUGACACGCUGCGUGAAUUCUGCAAGAAGACGGCCGAAGCAGAAGAUCUUUUCCAAGCAAUUGACACGAAUACCAAUCCAUCUUCCAGCCGUCGACUUUGCUGCAUUAACUCUCACUUCUCGGAGUUUGUUCGUGGAGGACAGCCUGUGGAGAAAGUCCGGUCAUUCUUGAGCUUUGGUGAAGAUGAAACUAGGUAUAAGGAAGAUUCCAGCUCAAGUAUUUUUAAGCCCUUCAAACUACUCCGAAUCUUGGAUAUUUCAUCCAUACACAUUAAGUUCUCUGGUCGUCUUCCCACUAAACUAUCCAAUCUUGUUCUCCUAAAGUUCAUCGACAUCAAUUUCAACCUUAAAAUACUUCCGAAGAGCAUGUCUAUCUUGCAUAACUUGGAAACCCUUAUAGUUCACACAACGGAACCAACCCUUGAUAUACAAGCAGAUAUUUGGGGAAUGACAAAGCUUAGGCAUCUGCAUACUAAUACUACCACAUCCUUGCCAGAGUAUCAGGAUCAAUCCUCAAGUAGUGGAAACCGUCAAACUUUGCCUCUACAAACUCUGUCUGCUAUUUCGCCUCGCAGUCUCAGAAAGGAAGUGUUUGAAAGGACUAAGAAACUCAAGAAGCUUGGUAUAUGUGGGAGUUUAGGCACUCUUGUGGAGCCUGAUGGUGAUUCUCAUUUGUUUGACUAUCUGUGCAAACUAAGCACUAUUGAAAAUUUGAAGUUACAUGGUGCUGAUAUAAAUUCCGAGUUGCAAGCCCUUCCUAAAUCAAACAAAUUUCCGACAAAUCUAAAAAGGUUGAGUCUAGAAAAGACCAGUCUAAAAUGGAAUAUUCAUAUGCCUAUAAUCGGAAAGCUCCAGUCUCUUGAGGUUCUCAAGUUGAAGGAUAAUGCUUUUGUAGGAGCGGAGUGGAAGACAGAAAAAGGGGGUUUUCGUUCUCUUAAAGUUUUGUUCAUUGGAGAUACAGAUUUAGAUAAUUGGGAGGUUGAAGGAGAUGAUCUCCCAGAACUGAGAUGCCUUAUCCUCAAGCGUAUCAAAUCUCUUGAGCAGAUGCCAUCUGAUUUUGAACACAUGAAGAACCUCGAGAGGAUUGACCUAGAGCGUACCAACAGGUGGCUAGUUAAAUCUGCCAAGGACAUUCAAAAAUCAAGGCCACAAAUUAAGCUUAGUGUUUAUCCACCAGAAAAGUGAUUGAUAAGUAAUGAUGUUCUGUAAGUGCUUCUCUUACAGAAUAUCAUGCUCACUUGCUUUUGUCUUCAGCUCCCUUGAAUGAAUUCUCAAAAAGGAGGUGCUGAAGCAUCUAUCUUCUUCAUGUUUUCUUCUCUGUUCUGCCUUAAUAAAGCCUUCUACCUAGCUCUGGCCAGCAACAUUCAGAUACUAUAUAACCUCUUUGAAUUGUUUUUGUUUCAAUAUCUUUGAUAAUGUCAUAUUUUCUUUUCAGCAAGUGUAUUGUGAUGAAAAUAAGGCCACAGAUCUCUUGGCCAAAUUUGUGCUAGAAGAACAAGGUGAGAAGGUAUUUGUUUCUGCAAGGAAUCUGAGCUGGAUCAUAUCUAGAAGCUCAUAUUUUCUUCCAGUUGAGAGGCUGGAUUUUAGUUCCAUAGUCUUGCUUCCUUGUAUUUUUAAGUUGGGGUGUGAACUUUGGAUCUUGCUCUGAUGUACUUCUCCUUGUGUUAAUUGAUGAAUAUGGUAUUGUCUUUCUUGUAAAAAAGAGUAUUAUCCAACCAGUGAAGUUAAGUUCCAUGUCUUUUGCUCCUCAGAUUAACAAUUCCUUGCCUUCAGAGAUUCAAGUGGGCUGGGAUGAUUAGAUUUUUAGGACAGUUUGCUUUUCACCUAAUGUUCAUAGCAAUCAACACUUCAUCUAUUCAACUACUUUGUUUCUGACAAUAUUGCAUCAGAUAUUCUGAUGGUAUGUCAUUUAUGCAACUAUGAUUCUCUG